UUCCCACCCAUUCGUAGACAGACCAAGACGAGUCAAAGCUCGCUCGCUCGCUCGGUCUCUCUCUCUCUCCAGCUCGUGCCUUCCCAUUUCCGUCGAUCUCCAUAAAUGCGUCCUUCUUUCUUCAGGAUUCUGAUGAUCAUGCCCUCUUGCUCUUCUGCUAAUUUGCCCUCCUGGGUCUUCUUCAAGCUAUCGAUUCUGCUCUGAAAGCUUUUUCCCCCUCCCCAAUUGUUAGUUUGUUGUUCUGAUGAACAAUUAGUUAUUUAAUUGGUCGUGGCGAGCAGAUUUGAGAGGGAAAUGGCUCUAACGCGCGCCAUUUGAUGGUCUGGAGCUCUUGGUCGCUUGGAGCACCGUUCAGGAGUUCAUAGUUCUAGAAGCAUUAUUCGCCACUGAAAGGUUUAUCAGUGUUUAGUCAGAGUAAUGAGUUGUUUCUCUUGCAUAUUCAAGGGGAAACAACCUCCAGGUCACCAAACUGUUCAAACUGAUGAAGAUUUUUCAAGCAUCGAGAAUGUGAAGAUAUACUCUUAUAAAGAAUUGAGAAAAGCCACCAUGGAUUUUAGCCCUGGCAAUAAAGUUGGCGAAGGAGGGUUUGGAUCUGUUUACAAGGGAACACUUAAAGAUGGAACCGUUGUUGCUGUGAAGGUCCUCUCUCAUGAGUCAAGACAAGGAAAACGAGAAUUCUUGACUGAGCUUAAUGUAGUUUCAGAUAUAACCCACGAAAAUCUUGUUAGACUGUAUGGUUGCUGUGUGGAAGGUGAUCAUAGGAUACUAGUUUACAAUUAUCUAGAGAACAAUAGCCUUGCACAAACCCUUCUUGGUGCAAACCGCAGUAACAUUCAGUUCAGCUGGAGCACACGAACCAAAAUCAGCAUAGGUGUUGCUCGCGGGCUUGCAUUCCUCCAUGAGGAAGUCCAGCCCCACGUUGUUCAUCGGGAUAUAAAAGCAAGCAAUAUUCUUCUUGAUAACGACCUCAACCCCAAAAUUUCUGAUUUUGGGUUAGCGAGACUUUUGCCCCCAAAUACAACCCAUGUCAGCACUCAUGUUGCAGGAACCAUAGGGUAUCUAGCUCCAGAGUAUGCAGUUCGUGGGCAGGUGACACGAAAGUCAGAUGUCUACAGCUUUGGUGUUCUUCUAUUGGAGAUAGUUAGUGGAAGAUGUAACACCAACACACGAUUACCUUAUGAAGAACAAUUUCUUCUUGAAAGGACGUGGGCCCACUAUGAACGUGGCGAGCUGGCCAAAAUCGUGGACACCUUCAUAACUGAUGAUAUGGAAAUCAAAGAAGCAUGCAUGUUUUUAAAGGUCGGCCUUCUAUGCACACAAGACGGUUCCAAGCUCCGACCAGCAAUGUCCACGGUUCUUAAGAUGCUAACAGGCAAGAUGGAUGUCGAUUCUGCAGAAGAUAACCAGCCGUUAUAUCCCGACUUCAUGGAUCUCAAGAUUAGAAGCCAUAACAACAAGGCGAAUGAGGCUAACAACACCAUCGCCUCCAAGCUCUUCUGGUGCUUCUCACUGUCACUCCUCCCGGAGACUACCCGAGCCACGAUGACGUUCACUGCAAUAAGCGACAGAGAAUAAUGAACCUGCCGACGAAUAAUUCACGCAGAGAGCUAAAAUGCUUGCAAAGCACAUGAUUUUUUUUAAAGGAUUUGUUUGGUUAGUUUUGUCACGUGAUUGUACAAAAUGUAGACCAUGUAUAUGCAACACUUGUAACAGUGAUGUUGGUAUUUGAUUCAUUCAGAUGCAGCUAUUCUCC